UGCGGUUAUAGUGUGGCUUUGGGGACCAAUGGAUUUACCUGGGAGCAAAUCAAUACCUGGGAAAAGCCAACAAUGGAUCCUGCUGUUCCAACUGGCUCCUUCAUGAUGGUAAACAGCUCUGGACGGGCAUCUGGGCAGAAAGCUCACUUGCUUUUGCCUACAUUGAAGGAAAAUGACACACAUUGCAUCGACUUCCACUAUUACCUAUCCAGCAGAGACCGUUCCAGUCCUGGCUCUCUGAAUGUCUAUGUGAAGGUGAACGGUGGACCACAGGGCAAUCCCAUAUGGAAUGUGUCAGGGAUUGUUACGGAAGGAUGGGUGAAGGCGGAACUUGCCAUCAGUACAUUCUGGCCACAUUUUUAUCAGGUGAUAUUUGAAUCUGUCUCCUUGAAAGGACAUCCAGGGUACAUUGCUGUGGAUGAAGUCAGAGUUCUUGCCCAUCCGUGCAGGAAAGCACCUCAUUUCCUCCGGCUGCAGAACGUGGAGGUUAACGUGGGGCAGAACGCAACUUUCCAGUGCAUCGCCGGGGGCAAGUGGUCGCAGCACGACAAGCUCUGGCUCCAGCAGUGGAAUGGAAGGGACACAGCAUUAAUGGUGACUAGAGUGGUGAACCAUAGACGUUUUUCUGCUACUGUCAGCGUAGCUGACACAUCGCAGCGCAGCAUCAGCAAGUAUCGAUGCGUCAUUCGUUCCGAUGGUGGAUCUGGAGUUUCGAAUUAUGCGGAAUUAAUAGUGAAAGAACCCCCAACACCUAUUGCCCCUCCUGAGCUGCUGGCUGUUGGAGCCACCUACCUGUGGAUCAAACCCAAUGCCAACUCCAUCAUCGGAGAUGGACCCAUCAUCCUGAAAGAGGUGGAAUAUCGGACGACCACUGGGAAUUGGGCAGAAACGCACAUUGUAGACUCCCCUAAUUACAAACUGUGGCAUUUGGAUCCCGAUGUGGAGUAUGAGAUUCGAGUGCUGCUCACUCGCCCUGGAGAAGGAGGCACAGGGCCCCCGGGACCACCGCUCACAACAAGAACAAAAUGUGCAGAUCCAGUCCACGGACCGCAGAACGUGGAGGUAGUCGACAUCCGCUCCCGGCAGCUGACCUUGCAGUGGGAGCCCUUUGGUUAUGCGGUGACCCGCUGCCACAGCUACAAUCUCACGGUCCAGUACCAGUAUGUGUUUAACCAGCAAAAAUUUGAAGCUGAGGAGCUCAUUCAAACCUCUUCCCACUACACCUUGCGAGGCCUUCGGCCCUUCAUGACCAUCAGGCUGAGGUUAGCCCUCUCUAACCCCGAGGGCAAAAUGGAGAGCGAGGAGUUGGUUGUGCAGACUGAGGAGGACGUUCCUGGACCCGUUCCUUUGGAAUCCAUCCAGGGAGGACCUUUUGAAGAGAAGAUCUAUGUUCAGUGGAAGCCUCCAAAUGAGACAAAUGGCGUCAUUACGCUCUAUGAGAUUACAUACAAGGCCGUUGGGUCUCUGGAUCCCAGUGCUGACCUGUCCAGCCAAAGAGGGAAAGUCUUCAAGCUAAGGAAUGAAACACAUCACCUCUUUGUAGGAUUAUAUCCAGGGACUACGUAUUCAUUCACCAUCAAAGCGAGCACAGUCAAGGGCUUUGGGCCACCCAUCACAACACGGAUUGCAACUAAGAUUUCAGCACCGUCAAUGCCCGAAUACGACACAGACUCCCCCUUAAAUGAGACCGACACUACCAUCACCGUCCUGCUGAAGCCUGCUCAGUCCAGAGGAGCACCUGUCAGUGUCUAUCAACUUGUUGUCAAAGAAGAGAAGCCACAGAAAGCACGGAGAGCUGCAGACAUCGUUGAGUGCUUCUCCGUUCCAGUGAGCUACAAGAACGCUUCCAGUCUGGACUCCCCCCACUACUUUGCAGCUGAGCUGAAGCCGGUCAACCUGCCCGUCACGCAGCCGUUCACGGUGGGCGACAACAAAACCUACAACGGCUACUGGAACGCUCCCCUUUCACCCCUGAAAAGCUACAGCAUAUACUUCCAGGCUCUUAGCAAAGCAAAUGGAGAAACAAAAAUCAACUGUGUCCGGCUGGCAACCAAAGCAAAGGUGUCAGUAAAGCAAUUUACUUCUCCCUUUCUGUUUUUAUCUCCUCCUUCCUCUGCCUCCAUCUUUUAAGGAGCUUCCACCCAGAAUUCCAAUGCAGUGGAACCAGAAAAGCAAGUUGACAGCACAGUGAAAAUGGCUGGAGUUAUAGCUGGUCUUCUGAUGUUUGUUAUUAUCCUCUUAGGAGCAAUGCUUACCAUCAAGAGAAGGAAGCUAGCCAAGAAGCAGAAGGAGACUCAGACCAGCACGCAGAGGGAGAUGGGUCCCGUGGCUACUUCAGACAAGACAUCUACCAAACUCAGUGCUGUUCACAAUGAAGAAGCUUUCUCUUCCAGCUGCCAAGAUGUUAAUGGAUUCACAUCACCCUCUCCUUGUUCAUUUUCUGUCCAAAGCAAAACCCUUCAGAGCAAAUCUUUGUUGAAUUCCUACUACUCAGACAGUAGCCAUGGAGAGAUGACGCAGCCAACUCUGACUAUCCAGACCCAUCCAUACCGGAGCUGCGAGCCGGUGGAAAUGUCCUACCCCCGGGGGCAGUUCCAGCCAGCCAUCCGCGUGGCCGACCUGCUGCAGCACAUCACCCAGAUGAAGCGAGGCCAGGGCUAUGGAUUUAAAGAGGAGUAUGAGGCACUACCUGAGGGGCAGACGGCAUCCUGGGAUACAGCCAAGGAAGACGAAAAUCGCAAUAAGAAUCGAUACGGAAACAUAAUCUCCUAUGAUCAUUCAAGGGUGAGAUUGCAGCUGCUGGAUGGGGACCCUCACUCUGACUACAUAAACGCCAACUACAUAGACGGAUAUCAUCGGCCUCGUCACUACAUUGCAACUCAAGGGCCAAUGCAAGAGACAGUGAAGGAUUUCUGGAGAAUGAUUUGGCAAGAGAACUCUGCAAGUGUUGUUAUGGUCACCAACCUAGUGGAAGUCGGCAGGGUAAAAUGCGUUCGGUACUGGCCAGAUGACACAGAGGUGUAUGGAGAUAUUAAAGUCACAUUAAUUGAGACAGAACCAUUGGCAGAGUAUGUCAUACGCACAUUUACUGUGCAAAAGAAAGGCUACCAUGAGAUCCGAGAGAUUCGGCAGUUCCACUUCACCAGCUGGCCGGACCACGGCGUUCCCUGCUACGCCACGGGUCUCUUGGGCUUCGUUCGUCAAGUGAAGUUUCUCAAUCCCCCCGAAGCAGGACCCAUCGUUGUGCACUGCAGUGCUGGGGCCGGGAGAACAGGGUGCUUUAUUGCCAUUGACAUCAUGCUUGACAUGGCAGAGAACGAAGGCGUGGUAGAUAUAUUUAACUGUGUGCGAGAGCUGCGUUCCCAAAGGGUCAAUUUGGUACAGACAGAGGAGCAGUAUGUGUUUGUCCAUGAUGCCAUUUUGGAGGCAUGUCUCUGUGGCAACACGGCCAUUCCGGUCUGUGAGUUCAGAUCCAUAUAUUACAACAUCAGCAGACUGGAUCCACAGACCAAUUCCAGCCAGAUAAAAGAUGAAUUUCAGACUCUCAAUAUUGUGACGCCACAUGUUCGGCCAGAAGACUGCAGCAUCGGGCUUCUGCCAAGGAACCAUGACAAGAACCGCUGCAUGGAUGUGUUACCCUUGGACCGGUGCCUGCCUUUCCUCAUCUCUGUGGAUGGUGAAUCAAGUAACUACAUCAAUGCUGCACUCAUGGAUAGCCACAAGCAACCUGCUGCCUUUAUUGUAACCCAGCACCCUCUGCCCAACACCAUAGCAGACUUCUGGAGGCUGGUGUUUGAUUAUAACUGCUCCUCCAUCGUGAUGCUGAAUGAGAUGGACACAGCACAGCUCUGCAUGCAGUACUGGCCAGAGAAGACAUCCUGCUGUUAUGGUCCCAUUCAAGUAGAGUUUGUUUCAGCAGAUAUUGAUGAAGAUAUUAUCAACCGGAUAUUCCGGAUCUGUAACAUGGCCAGGCCCCAGGAUGGAUACCGUAUUGUUCAGCACCUGCAGUACAUUGGCUGGCCGGCAUACAGGGACACCCCUCCUUCCAAACGCUCCCUCCUGAAGGUGGUCAGAAGGUUGGAGAAGUGGCAGGAGCAGUAUGAUGGGAGGGAUGGACGCACUGUUGUCCACUGCCUGAAUGGUGGGGGACGUAGUGGCACCUUCUGUGCCAUCUGCAGCGUGUGUGAAAUGAUCCAACAACAAAAUAUCAUCGAUGUGUUCCACAUAGUGAAAACGUUGCGGAAUAACAAAUCCAACAUGGUGGAGUCUCUGGAACAGUAUAAAUUUGUAUACGACGUUGCACUGGAAUACUUGAGCUCCUUUUAG